CGGUGAGGCUCGGGAAUAAAAGAGCGCGGCGUUCUCUCAGCGGCAUCAUCGUCGUCAUGGCCUUCCUCUGGAUUGUCUCCUGCCUCGCCUUCGUCAGCGCCGCCUACGGCUGCGGCACCCCCGCCAUCCCUCCCGAGGUGACCGGGUAUGCCCGCAUUGUCAACGGAGAGGAGGCGGUGCCUCACUCCUGGCCCUGGCAGGUGUCCCUGCAGCAAUCCAACGGCUUCCACUUCUGCGGCGGCUCGCUGAUCAACGAGAACUGGGUGGUGACGGCCGCCCACUGCAACGUCAAGACCUACCACCGCGUGAUCGCCGGAGAGCACGAUAAGGGCUACGGCUCCAACGAGGCGGUGCAGCAGCUGAGGCCCGCCAAGGUGUUCACCCACCCCAAGUGGAACCCCCGCACCAUCAACAACGACAUCGCCCUCAUCAAGCUGAGCUCGCCCGCCCGCCUGGGCACCAACGUGUCCCCCGUCUGCCUGGCCGAGUCCAGCGACUCCUUCGCCCCCGACACGACCUGCGUCACCUCGGGUUGGGGCCUGCAACGCUACAACGCUCCCAGCACCCCCAACAAGCUGCAGCAAGCCUCCCUGCCCCUGCUGUCCAACGAGCAGUGCAAGAGGCACUGGGGAAGCAACAUCUCUGACCUCAUGAUCUGCGCCGGAGGAGACGGAGCCACUUCCUGCAUGGGAGACUCCGGCGGCCCUCUGGUGUGCGAGAAGGACAACGCCUGGACUCUGGUCGGCAUCGUGUCCUGGGGAAGCAGCCGUUGCUCCACCUCCACCCCCGCCGUCUACGCCCGCGUCACCGAGCUCCGCGCCUGGGUGGACCAGAUCCUGGCCAGCAACUACCAAAGAACAUGCGAAUGGUCGUCAUCAUCAGCUGCAAACUUCCCACAACCUGUCCAAAUACCGUAUUCUGGCUCCGCCUCCCCCGCCGACCGCGUCCAAUCAGGGUCCGGCUUGGUGUAUAAAAGCUGGCGGCUGAGACGGAGAAAGCAUGAUCGAGCCAUGGCCUUCCUGUGGAUCCUCUCUUGCCUCGCCUUCGUCGGCGCCGCCUACGGUUGCGGCAGCCCCGCCGUCCCUCCCGUCAUCACUGGAUACUCUCGUAUCGUCAACGGUGAGGAGGCGGUGCCUCACUCCUGGCCCUGGCAGGUGUCCCUGCAGGACUACACAGGCUUCCACUUCUGCGGCGGCUCCCUCAUCAACGAAAACUGGGUGGUGACGGCCGCUCACUGCAACGUCAGGACCUCCCACCGCGUGAUUCUCGGCGAGCACGACCGCUCGUCCACGGCCGAGGACACCCAGGUGAUGAGGGUCGGCAAGGUGUUCAAGCACCCCCGCUACAACGGCUUCACCAUCAACAACGACAUCCUGCUCAUCAAGCUGGCCAGCCCCGCCCAGAUGAACAUGCGCGUGUCCCCCGUCUGCGUGGCCGACACCGGCGACAACUUCCCCGGCGGGAUGAAGUGCGUGACCAGCGGCUGGGGUCUGACCCGUCACAACGCUCCCGACACUCCCGCCCUCCUGCAGCAGGCCUCCCUGCCCCUGCUGACCAAUGAGCAGUGCCGUCGUUACUGGGGCAGCAGGAUCAGCAACCUGAUGAUCUGCGCCGGGGCCUCCGGAGCUUCCUCCUGCAUGGGCGACUCUGGCGGUCCCCUGGUCUGCCAGAAGGCCGGCGCCUGGACUCUGGUGGGUAUCGUGUCCUGGGGCAGCGGAACUUGCACGCCAACCAUGCCUGGCGUGUACGCCCGUGUCACCGAGCUCCGCGCCUGGAUGGACCAGACCAUCGCCUCCAACUGAGCAGUUUUUCCUUUCAAGUUCAAUAAAAACAUUUAAAUAAA